CUGCGACACCCACGCCGCCGGCGCUGACCUCCUUCCCACGGAAAAAGGAAUGCGACUCCUUUGGCAUCUGUUAAUUCUUAAUGUUAUUUAAUGCUCCCGAUGCUUAAAUGUGGCCGGGAGAGGCCGCAGCGCGCCCCAGACAGUGAAGCACCCCUGAGGGAGCGUGUCCCCAGUGUACACGGAGCUAUUUAUAAACCACACGCAGGCACUGCUGCGCUGACACGUGGCGUGCGUGAUACAGCACACCCAAAACAUAGCUACAAGGAGCAUGAGAAGGAGAUGAAAUGAGCAGCAAUUCCCGAAGAGCUCGCACAAUCCCGUGUCCCGCUGCAGAGGGGGGUCUCCCGCGGGGAGACUCCGCCACACGCCCCUUCCCGGGCUGCUCCCGCCCUUCCCUGCCGGCGGCGCAUGCGGGAGGCGGGGGAUGGCCGGACAUGGCGCUGGCGGCCCCGGCGCUACGGCGCUAUCUGCUGCUGCUGGCGCAGGAGCACCUCGAGUUCCGCCUGCCGGAAAUAACAUCAUUGCUCUCCCUUUGUGGUGGACAAUUCAGUGGUGAGCAGGAAAUUCGUGUAAAUUCUCCCUUUUGGAUUCUCAAUAUUCCUUCAGAAGAGAUGGCAAGGGGACUAAUGAAGCGGACAGUAUGUGCAAAGUCUAUAUUUGAACUGUGGGGCCAUGGAAAGUCUGCAGGAGAGCUGUAUACAUCUUUGAAGAACUAUCCAACAGACAAGAUGCUUCCAUAUCUACAGUCAGACUCUACUUACAAAAUACAUAUUCAUACAUUUAAUAAAACACUGACCCAAGCACAGAAAAUAAAAAAGAUUGAUGCCCUUGAAUUUCUGCCAUUCAAAGGAAAAGUAAAUUUGAAGAAUCCAGAACACAUAUUUUGGAUUUUGGAAGAUUAUGGAAUGAACCCAAAUGAUGUUCCAGAAGAGCCCAUUCAUCUGUAUUUUGGUAGAUGGAUUGCAGAUGGCCAAAGAGAACUCAUUGAAUCCUACAGUGUAAAGAGGAGACACUUCAUUGGAAACACAAGCAUGGAUGCCUGCCUCUCCUUCAUCAUGGCAAACCAUGGGAGAGUAAAACCCAAUGACAUUGUAUACGAUCCGUUUGUUGGAACAGGUGGCCUUCUGAUCUCCUCAGCACAUUUUGGGGCAUAUGUGUGUGGCACUGAUAUAGAUUACAACACAAUCCAUGGAUUAGGCAAGGCAAGCAGAAAGAACCAGAAAUGGAGAGGGCCAGAUGAAAAUAUCAGAGCUAAUCUCCGACAGUAUGGUUUAGAGAAAUACUACCUCGAUGCACUUGUUGCUGAUUUUUCAAGACCAAUAUGGAGAAAAGGGAUGUUGUUUGAUGCAAUCAUUACAGACCCACCAUAUGGUAUCAGAGAAGCUCCUCGCAGAAUGGGAUCACAAAAGGAAACAGUUAAAUCGGUUGAAAGAAGUGCAGAAAAUCACUUCUUCGUUUCAUCCAGUUACCAUCUAAGUGACAUCUUUUUUGACCUCUUGAAGUUUGGGGCAGAAUAUCUGGUGAUGGGAGGAAGACUGGUUUACUGGCUGCCCAUAUACAGGCCUGAAUACACAGAAGAGAUCAUUCCCCGCCAUCCGUGCCUGAAACUUAUUAGCAACUGCGAGCAGCUGCUUUCCAGCCACACAUCAAGGCGCCUCAUAACCAUGGAAAAGGUGAAAGAAUUCAAGGAUCAAGAUGAGAACUCUUACUUGUUGGAUGGUCAGUAUAUGCCGUACAGGGGACACAAUUCUUUCCGGGAGAAGUAUUUCAGUGGUGUGACAAAGAGGAUUGCCAAGGAAGAAAAGGACAGUCAGAAGUGAAAUAUUAUAUAAACAGCUUAAAAAAUGAGAAAAGAAUGAAGACCGUGUUUCUUUGUAAGGACAUCUGGAUAUGAACAUUCAUUUGGAUGCUUCAGAAAAAUAAAUACUGCUUUUAAUUUUAAAACAAGAUGAUACCCACAACCCAGGUUGGGAGCAGUUCUUUUUAAUUAGCUUUGUUUACAGCAGAUUUUAUUGUACAAGUUUUUUGAGUCUUAUUUAAUUUAUAUUUGUACUUUCAAGUACUAAUGAUGAUUGACUAAAACCAUUAUUAUUGUUCUUUCACCAUUAAUGUUUACAAGAAAGUAGUAGUAUUAUUUGGCUUCUUAAACUGUGAACAUCUGGCUGUUUUAAAAACACGUGGUGGUGAUCAGGGAUUGCUGAUUAAGAAGAUAAUUUUCAUUUGUUUUGGUUUUUUUUUGUAAAUGGUGUACAAUAAACCAAGGUUGGAGUGGG